AUGGACGCACCUUGCCAGGGUCGUGGUGCUCCUCAGCCAGCCCAACCCACCGCCGAUUGCCCGCACCAAUACGGCUUCUUCCAAUCACCCAAUGCUGACGCCAUGCACUGUGGCUCAUACCGUAUGUGCGUGGAAGGCAAGGCGAUCGAGAUGCAAUGCCCACCCGGUCUAGCUUUUAACUCUGACAACGUUCGUUGUGACUGGCCUGAUCUCGUUCCUUCUUGCAAUGCUGAACAGUACCUUGGUUUUCAAUGCCCGCCCGCACCUAUUGACGACGAUGGUAACCCAAUGGAUGUUGUGAAUUACGCGUACAAAGGUAAUUGCUACGCCUUCUACUCCUGCGAGCAUGGACGUCCCCGUUUCUUAACCUGCGAUCAAGGAUUCGCCUUCGACUCCGUUAGAGGUCACUGUGUUAAUGAGAAAGAGGUUCAAUGUGCUGUGUCAAUGGAACCCCAUUGA